GCAGCUGCGCAGAGUCACUGGAGAGAGCGACUCGUUAAGUGCAGUACUGCUUACAUAUAAUUUAAUUUUCACUUAACGCAACCACGCCGACUUUGAUUAUGCCGGGAAUGAUGGGGAAAGGGUCGGAAUAUCUGGGGAAAGGUCGCUCAAAUGGCACGAAAAGCCCGUCGAACGCCUCGAAUGGACAUUUUUCAGACGAGAGCGGCAGUGACGACGAGCACGAUGUGGGCAUGCGUGUGGGAUCUGAUUACCAAGCUAAUAUUCCUGAGUUUGAUCCAGGUUCCACAAAAUACAGUGAUAAAGACAGUGGUGGCAUGCUCGUUUGGUCUCCACAUCACACAAUAGUUGACUCGAAAUUGGAUGAGUACAUUGCCAUUUCAAAAGAAAAGCACGGGUACAAUGUUGAACAGGCUCUUGGCAUGCUCUUCUGGCAUAAACACAACAUCGAGAAAUCCCUGGCCGAUCUCCCAAACUUCACCCCCUUCCCUGAUGAGUGGACGGUGGAGGACAAGGUGUUGUUUGAACAAGCGUUCAGUUUUCAUGGGAAGAGCUUCCAUAGGAUACAGCAGAUGUUGCCGGACAAAUCUAUAUCCAGUCUUGUGAAGUACUACUACUCGUGGAAAAAAACACGGUCCCGAACAAGCCUGAUGGAUCGUCAAGCACGAAAGCUGGCAAACCGGAGUAAUCAAGAUGAAAGUGAGGAGGAAAUGGAAGAGGCCAACCCCAUUGAGGCAAACGACAGUGAUUAUGACCCUACAAAAGAGACAAAGAAGGAGAGUCACACCGAGCCUCAGACAUUGAGUUCCAAGAUUGGAAUGGGACGGCGAGACCAUCAGACCCUACAGCACCGCCAUCACUCCCAGCGGUCAAAGUGCCGCCCACCCAAAGGCAUGUACCUCACACAGGAGGAUGUGGUGGCCGUCUCCUGUAGCUCCAGUGCAGCAAACACGGUCCUGCGUCAGCUAGACAUGGAGCUGGUGUCCCUCAAACGGCAGGUUCAAAAUGCCAAGCAGUUAAAUAGUGGACUUAAACAGACGAUUGAAGAUGGAGUUGAUGAAUUCCGGCUGCCUGAGUGCACCCAAAAAAUUAACGCCCGCUGGACAACAGAUGAGCAGCUCCUGGCAGUACAAGGUGUACGAAAGUACGGGAAGGAUUUCCAGGCUAUCGCUGACGUCAUCGGGAAUAAAACAGUGGGACAAAUGAAAAAUUUCUUUGUGAACUAUCGCCGGCGCUUUAACCUGGACGAGGUGCUUCAGGAGUGGGAGGCGGAACAGGGAACCCGAGCCCCCAAUGGAGAUGGUGCCAACUCUGGUGAGGAAGGAAAGAACAGCAACACCUCCUCAGGAAAGAGCACAGAUGAGGAAGAGGAGGAGGGUCAGGUGACUCCAGCGUCUGGUCCAUCUCCUGUAGCCACAUCAUCAGCUUUAACGCCCGCCAUCACCUCCACCUCUUUCAACCAGCCCCCGCCCCUUCUGCGCCCCUCCCUGCCUGCCACCCCAGCCCUACAUCGCCAACCGCCACCAUUGCAGCAGCAAGCCCGCUUCCUCCAGCCGCGCCCCGCCCUCAACCAGCCACCGCCGCUCAUUCGACCCUCCAACACCCUCCCUCCACGCCUCAACCCCAGACCUGCAGCUCCUGUUCCCAUUGCCCCGGGCCAGCAGCUGCCCACUCUAGUGGGCAUCCAGUCUGAGACGCCCCCCUCGUCUUCUCUGCAUUGACAGGUUUAUAUAUGAAUUAGAUCAUUGUGAAUACUAGAAUAAAUAAUAGUCUAUUGUUAAAUGUAUAUAUUAGGCAUGUGUUAGGUAUGUGUCUAUUUAUUUGAAAUACGACAGAUUUGUUUCAUUUUAGAUUUUGUAAUCAUGUUGUAACACUUCUAAAAACUAAAAUAUAUUUCAGCACUUUUACCUGGUUUUUGUUUGACACCAGUGCAUUCAAAGUACAGUGUAAUGUCAUACCUCUUAGAAAAAGGGUUUGCUUGUUGUUUUGUUGAUCUUCUGUCAUCUGUGGUGGUUCUCUUGUCUUGGUUACUGUGUUUAUCACAAGCCAUUUCAGCAUUUAAUAAUGUGCAGGAUAUAAAGUAUUGAAAUUUAAAAUUUAAUAAUCACUAGUGAAAAUGCACUUUUUAUAUCUGUAAUUAGGUUUGCAAUAGUAAAAUUGUUAAUUCUUUGUAUCAAAUGAUGUCAUUACUCACAGAAAUAACUAUUCUUGAUAUCAAAACUAGAAUUUUAACUAGAUUAGCAUGAAGCUAGAAAAAUGACAAUUUCAUUUUGUAAAUUUGAAUUUUAGACGUGGCAUUUAACAAUAGUUUAAGCUGUAAUUUUUUUUCAUUUACGUAUCUGGAUUUUCACUAGUAAAACUUUACAAUUAUCUGUCAUUCACUCCUGUUUGAAAUGCAGUUACAGAUAUCUUUGAUUAAUUUCAUACUUAUAUUACAAAUUCACAUGUCAUUAAUGCACUUCUUGCUUGUAAAGACAAUUUUUAUAUCAAUAAUUGUUACUAGUGCAAAUGUCCAUUCAUGAUAUCAUCAACUGAAUUACAACUAGCAAAAUUUUAUUUUUAAAAUCUAGUUUGGUUUUUAAUAAUAACUGUAAUGUUAUUGUAACUAGUAAGAAUGCUUACAAUAUCUUUAAUUACUCUUCGAUUUAGUGAUAUCUGAAAUCCAUUUCCAGAUGUUGAAAUUAAUAUUGCCAUUAGUGAAAACCAAGUUACAGAUAUCAAAAAUGAGCAUAUUUACUUGUUAGGGCCCAAGCACUGAAAGUGCGGGGGCGAGGGGGUCUGUAGCUCCCGCUUGAAAAUGGGCAUGUAAGUGGGGCUCUGUAGCACCCUCAUUUUCACCUAUAGUCACCAAAAUUGGUACAUAUAUAGUUCUCAUCAAGCCAAACAACUUUCAUACUUGCAGUCAUUAGCUCUGCUCAACAAGAAGUCGGCCAUUUUGGAUUUUCUGAAAAUCACAAGCUCUGAACUUUUAAAUACUCCUAGGGGAUUCAUGUGACUGGCACCAAAUUUGUGCAACAUCAUGCCAAGACAUUGUAGAUGCUAAAUUGCGAGCAGAUUUUUGAUGUUUUGAAUGAUGUCGCCAUGGCGAAGCAAUACAUUUAUGGCUAAAAAUGUGAAACAGGAACUUCAUUAUAUCUUCUGUGUUUUGAUGAAAAUUCAGCUGUAUGAUUGGUAAUGGGGGCUGAACACAUCAGAGUCGCUGGCCAUUAGGUCUGGGCAAAGGUUCACACAUGGGGGAAUUGGGGGGAGACUCUGUAGAGCCAUCAUUUUCACCUGCAGUCACCAAAAUUGGUACAUGUAUAGUUCUCAUCAAGCCGGACAACUUUCAUAAUUGUAGUCAUUAGCUCAGCCCAACAGGAAGUUGGCCAUUUUGGAUAUUUUGAAUAUUGCAGUCUCUGAACUUUUAAAUACUCCUCCUAGGUGAUUCAUGAGACUGUCACCACAUUUAGACAACAUUAUGCCAAGACACUGAAGAUGCUAAAGUGCCAACAGAUUUUGAGAUAUCAAACGGUGUUGCCAUGGAGAGGCAUUAAAUUAAUGGCAAAAAAUGGUAAACAUGAAGUGUCAUAUCUUCUGUGUGCAAUGUGUGAUUUAGAUCAAAAUUGAUAUGUACGUUUAGUCUUGGGGUCUAAUUACAUGAAUUUGUCUGUUUUGGGUCACGGUCAGAGCGCCACCACCUGGCAGCAGGAAGUGUAGCUCUUACAACAGACUUUAAAAUAGUCCUGUUGUAUUUACCCAAAUUGCUUCAAAAUUGUUUAGAAUAAUGCCAAAUGCAUGUCCACUUUGCAUUGUUUUCCGAAAGCCACGGGGUGAAUAUGGACCAGUUGUGCUUUGGCACAACAUCGUUGCUUGCAGCUAUAUUAAUUCAGUUGAAGUACUUAUUUACUAAGUUCAUUGCUGAUAUAUAAAUUGGAAUUUCAUCUAGCAUGAAAUUAUAGAUAUCUGUAAUUGUUUUUUAACGUGAUUGAAUGACAGAUCUUUGUGAAAUUAUACUACUAAAAAUGCAGUUACAGAUAUCAGUAAUGAUUUUACUAGUUGAAAUUCCAUUUUUGAUAUCAAGAAUGGGUAUUUCCUUGUGUAAAGUCAUCAUUUAAAAAAAAAGUUUUUUUUUUUGUGUUUUUUUUUUUACAAGUGCAAAUAUAAUUACUGAUAUAAAAAAUUACUAUUUUUACUAUUUUUUCCAUUCCUGAUGUAUUUUAACUAGUGAAAAUGUUACUGUAGAUAUCUAUAUUUCACAUCCUACAUGUGAUUAAAUGUCAAACGGGCUUGCCAUACUGUGCUUUUAUAUUUUUAAUCUUGGUGCUAUGGACUGACAGGUGAACAAAUGCCUGUCCAAAUUUUCUUGCCAUCAAAGUGCUCUUAACAAAUAAGUGGAAAUCAUCUCAAACUUUACAAUUGCUUAUAAAGAUCAAAGAAGAAAUCUUAGUUUUCUGUCAUACAUGUUCAUAAGUUGUUACGAACUCAUUUUAUCAAAUCUUUUUUUCAUUGUUGGCAAAUUCUUUUUUUUUUUUUUUUGUAACACACUAAAACCCUAUUUGGUCCCUUUCAAAAGUAAAGCACUCAUUUCAGCCUCAUUAUUAUUUUGUUUUAUUAUUUAUUUGGGUCCAUUUAUGAACCUGUCUGAAGUACUUUGAAGUGUGAAUGAUCCAGAUGUUUCAGCCAGACAUCAAGUUGUUGGGUCUUUUUCCACUGAAUUCCAAAUUGUAGGAUUCUGCAAUUUUAACAAGAGGAUAAACAUCUGAAGAUGGAGAUUACUGUGUGAACUUGUUCAGUUGUGUCAGCCUGUACAAUUUUCUCAUUAUGACUUCAUUUUCUCUCUUUUAUCAGAGUACUUGUUCUUUAGGUGUUUAAUGACCUGAUCAUUUGUGAUAUUUCUAUUUAAUCUGUCAGUUUUUAUAUACAUGUUUCUUUGCCUGUGUGCAAACCUUGGCACUUAAAAAGCUAAUUUUAAAGCUAAUAUGAGGAAGAUUUCUGCUCAUAACUGCUGUUUCUACUGUGUGCAUUUUGACUGCAGAUUGGAACAUGCUUGAAAUGUCUCAAACAAUAUGAAACCAUUCAGUUGGACGAUGUUAAGCAUUAUUUAUUUAUCUUAUGAUGGAUAUUCCUCAAGAUUUGUUUUUUAAACAGCAAAGACUACAAGAGGUGUGGCGGCAUUUUAUGUGUAAAAAAAAAAAAAAAGUCUCUUACAAGUUGUGCCUAAAGCAUGUUCAUAUGUAAAGUGUAAUGCUCUGUCAUGUGCUUGUCAUAUUGAAGUAUUAAACACUUCCACUUUGAA